UAUGUUCGCAUGUUGAAUUUUUGUUGUUAUUAAAAGCGUAAAAUCUGAAAAUGUUACAACCGAUUUUGCAUCAGUUAAAGACCAAAAACGUCAUUCUCGCAAGCGGAUCGCCUCGAAGACAGGAAUUGAUCAAGAAUUUGGGAGUUGAUGUUCAAUUGUGCCCUUCGUUGUUCGAAGAAAACUUGGAUCCAAAGAAUUUUCCAGAUUUCGGUGCAUUUGUGGAAGAAACUGCUUAUCAAAAGGUCUUGGAAGUGCACGAACGUCUCUCGCGAGAUGCUAAAAAGCCUGAUAUCGUCAUCGGAGCUGACACAAUGGUGACUUUGGGCGACAAACUCUAUGGCAAACCCAAAAAUGGACCGAUGGCAUUCCAAAUGUUGAGCGAAUUAAUUGGCAAAAAGCACACAGUGUAUACCGGAGUAGCGAUAAAAUAUGGCGAAAAGGUAUCCAGGUUCACGGAAAAGACUGAUGUGUUCUUUGGCGAUGCAACUUCCGCCCAAAUUCAAGCUUACGUUGACACAGGAGAACCAUUAGACAAAGCAGGCGGUUAUGGCAUCCAAGGUGUCGGCGGAUGCCUAAUUGAACGCAUCGAAGGCGAUUAUUUCACAGUAGUUGGCUUACCUCUAUACCGCUUGUGCACGGAACUCAUCAAAUUAUUUGACUAAAAACUCAACUUUUAUUUUUUCAACCAUGAAACAUAACCAGAAACAACGAAAAUUUUGAUUAUUUUUUAACUUUA